UUACAGGAGUGAGCUAUGAAGUGAGUUUCGGGAUGGCUGUGUCAAACAUAAAGGAGAAAUAUGCCGACUUUCUGGUGGAUGGUGCUCAGGCAGUAUCAUUAACUUUUGUGUCCGAUAUGAACAAAAUGGCUUCGGCGCAAAAACAUCAUCCCGAAUAUGUCUACCAGCACUUCGGAGAGAAGUAAGUCACUUCUCUCCAGAUUUUGCUCUGAUUCGUACCGGACCAUUCACGCAAACCUUAUCUCGAUGCGCUACUCGCGAAACAGUAUUUGGUUACAAGGACCUAAAUGUCAUUAUACAUUACACCGACGUGUCUAUGUAUCUCUACCCGGAAAUUAGUUAUACAGCCGAAAUAACAUCGUUCACAACGGAGUUCAAAGCUGACAAUAUAAUUCGAAAAUUAAGCGAACAGUUGCCAGCUGAACAAAUGGAAAUGUUAUGCCAGACAAGCGCCAUUUUCAAGUCUCGUUUGGAUGAUCAGAGAAAUUUUCGGCCUUAUGGACAGCUUCUUUUCAAAUUCACCGCUGGUAGUCGAGAGCUGCAGGUCUGGGUGGUUAAUGAAAGUUCACCUGAAUUUGAUGCAUAUUUAGCUCGAGUUCAGACUCUUGCCUUAUGGUACAUUGAAGCUGCACAGUACACAGAUAAUGAUGAUCCACGGUGGCAGCAUUAUUUCUUGUACGAAUCAUUUAAGAAAGAUGGAAUUUCGCGCGUGGCACUUGCGGGCUAUGCAUCACUUGUCAGAUUUUAUAAUUAUCCAGAUAAAAUUCGACCUAGGAUUGCCCAGAUUUUACUACUGCCACAUUAUCAAGGCGCAGGUAUUGGUGCUAGAUUUUUGAAGGCAAUAUAUAACGACUUGAUCCAAGAUCCAAAUGUUACAGACAUUACAGCGGAAGUCCCUGCAGAAUCUUUCAUAACAACUCGAGACUACGUGAACUGCUGUUAUUGCUUAACCCUGAAGGAAUUCAGUGCAGAUAAUUUAAAAAAAGGUUUCACCGAAGAGAUGAAGAGUGCAGCCUUACGGUUUAAAAUAAAUCCAAAACAAGCACGGCGUGUUUAUGAAAUACUGCGUUUGCGUUAUAUCGGUGUGCGAGAUGAAAAAGCCAUGGAAGAAUACCGAAUGGAUGUAAAGAAAAGACUUGAGAAACCUUUUAAACGAAGUGAACGUGACUGGAGGAAACUGUCAAGCGUUUUGGAUGAGUAUGAAUAUGCAGCAGUUGUAGCCAGUCAGAUGAGUAUAGAGCAGAAAACAGCCAAAUUAGAACAACUCUAUGAAGAAGAACUAGCCGGUUAUCGCACUGUCAUUAAACGAUUGAUCAAUUUUGCUAAUGGUUAAAUAUGCUUGUUAUUCCCUGAUCCUUAAUUGAAUUUCCAUUUGUUGUUUCUCCUUGGUUGUGAAAAUACUUCAAAGUUUCAACGAAGUGCAUUACACAUUUUGACCAGUUAUUUGUCUUUUUAAGCGCACUUCCUGAAUCAAAUUUUCAAGUGUGUUCCUGAUUUUUAUUGAGAUUAGUCUGUUUUUUUGAGCUGUGAAUUAUUUGUGAGGGUAUUGAUUGUUGUCGGGAAAGAUCUAAUUUAUUUUUGUUGGGAUUCCGCUUCGUCAACAGUAGCAUUCAUUCCACAAUAUCGCGUUUAUACAAUAACAAGAACGAAAUGAACAACACGGUAAAUAUUAAAGGAUACCAAUAGUCUCUGAAUGUUCACUUCGUUUUCGUACUUCAUUCUUGUAACUGUCAUUCUCCUUUGCUCCAUCACUACUGUUGAUCUUGCUUCUACGCUACUGUCGAUUCACUUGAACUGUCGCUCCUGAUGAUCUGUCGGAUUACCAAUCUUACUGCCGUCGAACCGUCCUCAGAAUUGAAUUCGAACUGGACCCUAAUCUUAGAAGUCCUUACCUUAUACAUCCUCCGGGACCGCUUCACAAUGAUGCUAAGAUCGUAUCUGGCUGAACCACUACUGUUCUGGCGGUAAAUUUCAUUUCCAAAUGGGCUUGCAAUCUUUGCCUUGUUCACCAGAUAUAUUAUUUGUUUGAACUUCAGUGUAUCUUGCUUACGUGUGGGUCGGCACCU